AUGGCUUCUAUUUCGAAGAGCUAUUUGGACCUCGUAAAUGACUGCGACAGCUUUCCCUACGAUGAACCAUUUAAUGCACCUCACGAUCAUUGGUCCACUCUCUAUCGAUUCUUCCUUCCCGAAGACACUCGCCCGCAUGGACUCAUGCUCCCUGAGAUAGUCAAGAAGAUGCCCUGGACCUCCGAUUUCCACGUCGAUCACGCAGCCCGAGCCGUCUACCUCAAGCCAGAAGAUACUUCCAGCGAUCUCUCAACCUCCUGCACCAACGCCUUCUCUAAGCUCAUCCAAAGAAGUAUCGAUCAAGACAACUUUACUGUCAUCCACAAGAGACAUAGCGAGCACUAUCCUAUCGUCGGAUACAAGCAUCUUGUCAAGUUCGAACGCUAUGCUGGGAAUCUGUUCGGCUUCGUGUCACGUGGUGCACAUUUAACGGUCUACUCCAACACCAAGGAUGGUAUGAAGAUCUGGGUGCCAAGACGCUCGGCUCACCUGUUCACAUAUCCCAACUGUCUGGAUACAACUGUCGCUGGUGGAGUGGCUGCAGGUGAAGGACCAUUCGAGUGUAUCGUUCGUGAAGCAGACGAGGAGGCUUCGCUAGCUGAGGAUUUGGUACGGAAAGAGACAAAGGCAUGUGGUUGCAUCACUUACGUUGGUCUGACGGAUCCAAGAGGGAAUGGUGAACAGGGAUUGCUCUCUAACGAUCUGAUCUACGUCUACGACUUAGAGUUGCCUGAAGGUAUCGUCUGCCGCCAGAAUGAUGAUGAGGUCAAGGAGUUCAAUCUGAUGAGCAUCGAGGAAGUGAAGCAGGGCCUUAGAGAAGGGGAGUUCAAGACGAACAGUGCCUUGGUCAUGAUUGAUUUCUUCAUCCGACAUGGCAUUAUUAACUGUGAGAAAGAGAAGGACUAUGCAGAGAUCAUGGCUCGACUUCAUCGCAAGCUGCCGCUUCCUACCGCGGCAGAGUAG